AUGCAAAUCCUGCUAUUCGCAUUCAUCCUGGCGUUCAUUGCUGUGGUCCAAAGCUAUCCGUCGGUAAAUCCUUUAAGCACUGUUGUGGAUAACGGAGACAUUUUAUUGCGACUUAAACGUCAUCCGCAUCAUGGACGCCGUAGAAAUUGGGGAGGCGGUGGCGGUGGAGGAGUCUAUGGUGCACCCUAUGGCGGAGGCUAUAGCGCACCCUAUGGCGGAGCUUAUGGUGCACCCUAUGGAGGAGGCUAUGGUGCACCCUAUGGCGGAGGAUAUGGCGCGCCCUAUGGCGGUGGCGGUGGCUACCCAGAACGUUACGCCCCACCAUCUGGAGGUUCAAGUCAAGCUGCUGCUUCUUCAAACGUGGUUAGUGGCCCUGCUGGUGCUCAAGGUACAUCCUCUGCCACGGCAACCUCAUCGUAUAAUGUGGGAUACCCCUAUGCUGCCUAA